UCUCGCAGGUGAAUCGAGUAAGGAACAGAUGGAAGUGCAUCCUCCGCGAUGGCGUUGCCAACAUCGAUGGGCGGGACUACCUCUUCUCCCGAUGCAAUACCGAGUUCGAGUGGUGAACACCAUGGUGCUGUCCUCGUAGGCCGAAGGAGGAUGAAGCGGUACAGAAACAAGGCCGAAAGUGGGACACACGCUCUCUCUAUCGAGGAGCGCAACUUCGCUACAGUCUGAGCGACGGAUUACUUGCGAGAACGGACAACAGCAAUAGCGGGCAAGAUAGGCUGACAAGCAGGGACAAGAUGGGCAAAUGGGUGGCCUGCUUGCUGUUAAAGCUCUCCCUGGUGGUCAGCUUUGCUUCGUUUGAAAGCAGCAGCAGCAGCAGCAUCCUCAAUCCCUACCUUCCCACUCGACCUUUCAUCCAUUCAUCAGCCCACCACCCCCUCUCUUCCUCCGGUGUCUUGGCCACAACCCGCUACUUUGCAUUCGCAGCAGCAGCAGCAGCAUACCUGCACAUAUACUCCUCUUUCCAGCCAGUCCUCUACGCCUCCGCCACCAUCUUUGCUUUGAUCGCAGACAAGCAGAUGUGCGGUCAGGACGAUGGCGAUGCCCGUUCCGUGCGUGGGACCUUCGGUCAGUCGGUCAGUCGAUUGAUCACUUUGUAAUAGUAAUUAGAUGAAAGAAACGAUAUAAAGAUAACCAGAUAGAUGGGUAGACAGCAG